CAUCACACAUUCCUCGAGGACCUUUUCUUUACGUGAUUUAUGAUUUUGGCGCUCUGGAAGUGUUUGAUUCCCUCGUUGGAAACACCGUCAACAAGAUGAAAGGCUUUUGACUUGAACCAGCCUGAAGUUACAGUAUGGUUCUGGGCCGAGCUGCCGACAUGAGUUUGAUGGACAUUUCUAAGAUCUUCUCCCUGCUGCAGCCUAAGGAGGAGGAUGAGGACGGAGAGCAGUGCCAGGCUCUGAACAACGCCGUGAGCGGCGACAACGCGGCUCUGCUCUCUGAGCUUCUCUCUCAGGAGAAUUACAGAAAGUCUAUCAACGCUCGGAGUGGGUGGGGGGUUCCGGUAACCCCCUUGCGCACCGCCGCAGCACUGGGACACCUGAGGUGCUUGGAGCUGUUGCUGGAGCACGGUGCAGAGGUCGACAGCUUGGAUGUGAAGGCCCAGACGCCUCUGUUCACAGCUGUGAGUGGGAAACAUCUGGACUGCGUUGUUGCUCUGCUGAAGGCUGGAGCCGAUCCUAAUGGCAGCCAGUACAACAACUGCUCCCCGGUACUGACUGCCGCCCGAGAGGGUGACGUAGACAUACUCCGAGAGCUGCUUCGCUUUGGAGCUGAGGUGGAUGUCAGGCCCAAAGUCCCUGAGUGGGCCUCCAAUGCCACGGCAUGCAGAGGACCCCUGUAUAUCUCAGCUGUUUAUGGGCACCUGGACUGCUUUAAACUGCUCCUUCUUCACGGAGCCAACCCCAACUACAACUGCACGGAUGAGAAGAUGUUGGCCAGGAUAAAACAGCCAAAGACAGUGUUGGAGGUGUGCCUCCGUUACGGCUGUGGGGUGGAGUACAUUCAGCUUCUCAUAGAUUUUGGAGCAGACGUGUAUCUACCGACACUCAUCAUUGACAAAACCACAAAGCAGAAUGAAGCUCUGCUUUUGCUCCUCAAGGAGAGAGUUUACCCCAAAACUCUGAUGUCGCAGGCUCGACUGGCAAUCAGAGGAUACCUCCCUUUCACUAACAAGGAGUCUGUAAUUGACAGCUUGGAUGUUCCUCUGAUCCUGAGAAACUUCUUGAAACAUGAAACCUCGGAAGCCAUUUGAUGCUUAAGACAGCAGAUCUGACAGCACCUUUUUUUUUUUUUAUUUACUUUUUACCAGAACAAGCUAAAGGACUGUUUCACAUCCAAUUUGUUUAUAGCCGUGAAAUCAAAUGAUUUUCCUUUAUCUCUUUUACAAAGGAAGAUCAUCCUGAAGGACUCAGGAACUGUAACAACAUCACUGGCCACUAGAGACCACAGUAAGACUGCACAUUGUGCAAAUCUGAGGCUUCUCACGGGCAAUUUUGUUGUUCUGAUAUUACCUCAUUACACCAACUUUAGCUCACUCCCUUUUCUCAAGUAGCAUUACACAGACACAUGCAGUCA